GUUUUUUUAGGACUCACGCAUGCAGCGUUAUCAAUAGAAAUCAACAUAUAUAAUUUAAUAUAUAUACCUUGAAACUACACAACUUUAAUUAUGGGUCGCCUUAUUCUCGAGCAUACGCUGCAGGGUCACAAAGGAAGAAUUUGGGGCGUUGCAUGGCAUCCAAAGGGCAAUAGUUUCGCCUCUUGCGGCGAAGAUAAGGCCAUCAGAAUUUGGUCACUUUCGGGAAACACAUGGACCACCAAAACCAUACUAUCUGAUGGGCACAAGCGCACCAUACGCGAGGUACGCUGGUCACCGUGCGGUGAGUAUUUGGCCUCCGCCAGCUUCGAUGCCACCACAGCCAUUUGGUCCAAGCACGAAUGCACCGCAACGCUGGAGGGGCACGAGAAUGAGGUGAAAAGCGUUAGCUGGUCACGCAGCGGCGGCUUGUUGGCCACUUGCUCGCGCGACAAAUCAGUGUGGAUCUGGGAGGUGGCUGGCGAUGAUGAGUUCGAAUGCGCUGCUGUGCUAAACGCACACUCGCAGGAUGUAAAGCGUGUGGUGUGGCAUCCAACAAAGGAAGUCUUGGCCUCAGCUUCGUAUGACAACACAAUCAAGAUGUUUGCCGAGAGCGCGCUUGAUAGCGACUGGGACUGUACGGCGACGCUCAGCUCGCACACGAGCACAGUCUGGAGCAUUGAUUUUGAUGCAGAUGGCGAGCGUUUGGUUUCCUGCAGCGACGAUGCCACACUUAAGAUUUGGCGUGCCUAUCAUCCGGGCAAUGAUGCUGGCAUUGCCACGCCCGACAAGACCACCGUGUGGAAAUGCGUGUGCACCUUGUCCGGAGAGCACUCGCGUGCCAUCUAUGAUGUGUCCUGGUGCAAGCAGACAGGCCUGAUUGCCAGCGCUUGUGGCGAUGAUGGCAUUCGAAUUUUCAAAGAGAGCAGCGAUUCCAAACGAGAUGCACCCACAUUUGAGCUGCUAACAGCCGAGGAAAGCGCACACGAACAGGAUGUGAAUGCAGUGGAAUGGAAUCCAGUGACGGCCGGUCAGCUGAUCUCCUGCAGCGACGAUGGCACCAUCAAGAUAUGGAAACUGCAGGAGUAAUCAUAUCUUUUUGUCCCGGUUUUGUGUAUAUAAUUUAAGUAUUUCCUAUUGCCUAUUGUAAUAAAUAGCUGUUACAAUAAA